AUGGGAAACGGACACGUGCUUGGCGCGGGGGUCGCCGCCUCGUCGCCGGACUCCUCCCGCUCGGCGCACUUAGCAGCUCCUCCGAGUUGGGAAAGCCCGGAGUCGCUGGCCGACGGGCGCGCGGACCGCAUCCCCCGCUGCGCGGCCCUCCCGGGGACGCCGGCCAAACGGCCGCGCGCGGGGCCGCGCCGCCGGGGGCUCGGAUCCCCGGGAAGUCUCGUGACGGCGGCCCGGAGGGGCUCGGGCCGCCUCGGCCAGAAGCGAGCGCGCCGAGGGGAUGGGGGGGGGGGAGAUAGCGGAGCGUGCGAGCGUCGGUGCGCAGCGACGCGGCCACCCGUCUCCGGCCACCGCCGCUUCGACGCCCGGGCUGGGGAGCCGGCCCUUCACACCGGAAUCCUCAACCUUGUGCCGACGUUCGGCUUCCGGGCCAGGGCAUCUGUCCGCCCUCGAGCCAAUGGCGGUGCCAAUGGAGUGCCCGUCCAGGAAGGAGUUAAGACCGAGGGCGUGCUGGACAGAACGGACCGGCCCGGGCUAGGUCGGCGCGGCGGGGGCAGCACCGUGACCGCAGGAACCCCAGAAAAAGUAAGGCCAGGAGGCGACGCGGUUUUCUCUCCGGGUUUGCAUGUCGCUGGAUCCGAGCGCGUGGAUCUGGGCGUGAAUUUCGGCCCCGCUCGAAGAGCCCUGGGUUUCCAGCGAGACGGAGGAGCUGUUUCGCGGUGGUGUCCGCCGCCCCGCGUGUCCGUGGGCACUUGGAGCGCUCGUUCUCCUCAGCUCUGCGCGCGCGUGGCGCUAGCCACGAGGGCCUGGUGCGGGACGCGGCGUGCCCGCGGGUGCACGUGUGCAACAAUUGGGGCCGGGCGGCGCUCGGGGCUCCUACCUGGCCACCGAGGGCAGUGGGGUCCGCGAGAGCCGGGUCGGCCGCAGCCAGGAGCCGGCGGUGGCGCGGCUCGCCCGGCGCGCGGCACCUCCCUCUCCCCACCCCAGGAGGCGCUGUUUGUCAAACUUGGCUGCCCUGGCGGGAGGCGCCGCCGGCACUCUCGGGAGCCGGGCGCGCGCCGCAGGCCCGGGGUCGGGCGUCGGAAACCUCGGCAGCGCAGUCAACACUGGGGGAGGGCGCUGCGCAAAACCGGGAGCCCUCAGCUUCCCAGUGGUCACUUUUCACCCGUGAACCCCACCAGGCUUCCAGUCUCCAACCCCACGUGCGUAGGGCUGAUGCCCACGGUUUUUGCCUUCGGGUUCGGGCAGGAACACUUCCCACCCUCCGAGGCGGCGGAGGAGGCGACGGCGAGGGCCACCCGUGCAAAUCGCGUUGGGCGCGAGGCCCGGAGGAGCCGGAGGAGCCGUGGUCGCCGCCCCCGCGGCUCUGGGAGCCCCAGCGAAGGCCACGCUCCGCCCGGCCGGGCCCCUGGCUGCGCUCCGGGCGCGGAGCCAAACAACGAGAAAACCAACAACGGCAUCCACUACAAGCUCCAGCUGCUGUACAGUAACGGAGUCAGAACCGAGCAGGAUCUGUAUGUUCGCCUCAUAGAUUCAAUGACCAAACAGUGGAGUUGGGCCGGGGCACAGGUCCCGAGGAUAGAUGAAGUCCCCGCAGCCCCGCUGGAUUUCGAGUGUACUCACAAGCAGGCUCUCACCCUUAGAAAUGAAAGUAGCGUCUUCGGUUUGGAGGCGAACUUUGAGAAGCAGGUGAAGCCGGGUCCCGGGGACGGCGCGCCCGGGGAGCCCGCCGGCCGCCCGCUGGCCGCGGCUGAUGGGGAGGAAACCCUCCGGUACUCGGGUACUCGUUCCGGGGCCGGCGCGGGUGAGAGGCGGGCCGCGAUUCUGUCGGUGGAGCGCCCGGUGGCUGGGCGGCAUCUCCGCGACCCAGAUCUCUCGGAAGAGCAGCUUCCCACCUUGCUCCACAGCCGGUGCUGUGACAAGAAAAGUUGUGGCAACAGAAACGAAACACCCUCAGACCCUGUCAUCAUUGACAGGUUCUUUCUGAAGUUCUUCCUCAAGUGCAAUCAGAACUGUUUGAAGAAUGCAGGCAACCCUCGGGAUAUGCGGCGGUUUCAGGUUGUUGUAUCGACAACAGUCAACGUGGACGGCCACGUGCUGGCUGUGUCUGACAACAUGUUUGUGCACAACAAUUCCAAACACGGGCGGCGGGCCCGCCGCCUAGACCCGUCAGAAGCUACUCCGUGCAUCAAGGCCAUCAGUCCCAGUGAAGGCUGGACCACGGGGGGUGCCACUGUGAUCAUAAUCGGAGACAACUUCUUCGACGGCCUUCAAGUUGUGUUUGGAACUAUGCUGGUGUGGAGUGAGCUGAUAACUCCCCACGCCAUCCGAGUGCAGACCCCGCCCCGGCACAUCCCCGGAGUCGUGGAGGUCACCCUCUCCUACAAGUCCAAGCAGUUCUGCAAAGGUGCGCCCGGGCGCUUCGUCUACACCGCCCUUAAUGAACCAACCAUAGAUUACGGCUUCCAGAGGUUGCAGAAGGUGAUCCCCAGACAUCCGGGUGAUCCUGAAAGGUUACCCAAGGAGGUGUUACUGAAGAGGGCCGCGGACCUGGUGGAAGCCUUGUACGGAAUGCCUCACAACAACCAGGAGAUCAUCCUGAAGCGAGCGGCUGACAUUGCGGAGGCGUUGUACAGUGUCCCCCGCAAUCACAACCAGAUCCCUACCUUGGGCAACACCCCGGCGCACAGCGGCAUGAUGGGCGUGAACUCCUUCAGCAGUCAGCUAGCCGUCAACGUGUCCGAGACAUCGCAAGCCAGCGACCAAGUCGGCUACAGUCGCAAUACGAGCAGCGUGUCCCCGCGAGGAUACGUGCCCAGCAGUACUCCCCAGCAAUCCAAUUACAACACAGUGAGCACUAGCAUGAAUGGAUAUGGAAGUGGCGCCAUGGCCAAUCUAGGGGUCCCUGGCUCGCCUGGAUUUCUUAAUGGCUCCUCCGCUAACUCUCCCUACGGCAUGAAACAGAAGAGCGCCUUUGCGCCCGUGGUCCGGCCCCAAGCCUCGCCUCCCCCCUCCUGCACCAGCGCCAACGGGAACGGACUGCAAGCUAUGUCUGGGCUGGUAGUCCCGCCAAUGUGAGGGACUCGUGUACCUCCCAGCACCCCACAAGGAUGGACUUCAGGGGACACGCGUAGUGUGCUAAGAUGUGCUGACGGAGACGGUAUCUUCCAACAGUCAGCAGCAGCUGAGAUGCUACAAAAGACUUUGAUUAAAGAUUUUAUUUAAACUAUUAAGAAUCGACAUGCAAACAACCCAACUUCUUCACGAACAAUUCCAUUUUAUUGACUGAACUUUUCUCAUAUUUUCACAUUUCUCAGUCCCGAAGAAUAAGGAAAACAAAGCGACGCCUAUUUUGUAUAAAGUUUCUGACUCCGUCUUGGCUGUCUAGUACGUGCUAUCCGUGUGGGGAGAAACUUUGUGAAUGCACCAUUUUAAUGACCAUGAAAAACACUGAGGAAAAUGCCUCCAGACAUUUUUCUGUACUCAUACUUAGAUUCACAAUGGUUGUGUAUCUCUAUAAUGUGAAAUAUUUUUUUGUGGUGAAACUAGGGGCCAAGGAGGUAUGAGCCAUCAAACUGGAACAGGAUGAGAUGGAAUCUAGGGUGGCAGGGAGGGAGGGCUUCUCAUUGCUUAACUUCAUCUUAAUGAAAUGAAACUUUGUAACUUAUUGUAGUUAGAAAUUGUAACUUUGAUAUUGAAUCUCUUGCCUUCAACAAGCACACUGACAGAGGAAAGAUGCUCCUGUCUGUUGGUUCCAAUAUUCUCCCACUGCUAAGAGCUUCCUGUGAGCAAGUGCGGUCUGCCACAUUUUUUCAACUUUCGCUAGCACUGUAUACUAUUGCAUUCUUAGGCUACUGUGAGGUCUAUGUUUCUUGUACCAGAAAUUGUCCUUUUGACUUCUAGAUCCUUCUUCCCUAAUGUGUUUUGUAUGUGGUUAUAAAAUUGUAGACUUUUGUGAUUUUGCCAAAGUUGUAGCUAAAUAUUUAUACACUUGUCUUGAAUUUUUUUCAGAUCCACUUAAAUAUUUAGAAAAAUGAGUUUUAUUCCUUCUGUGUUCUGUAAGGGAUAAAAUGGUCUUCAUCCAACACUUAACUUUUCCAUGAACACUUACAGUUGCUUAAAGAACUUUACUUUGUAACAUAUCAAUUAUAAAUAUUGUAUUUAUCUUUGAAAUUUUGUACAUUGGUUUACCCACCUCUGUCUUUUCCUCGUCUGUAUUGGUUUUGGGCCAUGACCCAGUGUUGGGACACUGGGAAAUGCUGACGCCGAGAGCUGUCUUUCUGAUCUGUUUUGUUAAAAUGAACCAUUGUCCUGACAUUUCACGUGGACUUCCAAUAUUUGCUGUUGUUUAGGCUUUCCAUCCUUCUUUUUUUAUUUUGAGGAAAAGUCGAAUUCAUUGUUUAUUUUUAUAUUAUUUUUAAGUUAUCUGAACAAAUACUUUUGAGGAAAAAAAGUUUGUUGUAUAGUCAAAAGACCACGGUGCCAUCGGCUGUGACAGAUCUUAGUAGAGUCCGUGCAUGAAUGAGCGGCCGAGAAGAGGCGACUCCGUCGGGGCUGUGUCCUGAUUUUAUAUAUUUGUUUUUUAUUUUUUGUGUGUUUUUUUUGUUUUUGUUUUUGUAUAAUGUAAAAAGUCAUUUUAGCUGCCACCCAUGACUUUGCCACAUAGCUGAACUGUGUUUACUGGAAAAAUUCAGAGGCCUAAAGUUUAAAAUAAAAUUUACUUCCAAUGUUUUAAUUAAAAUGUUUGCCACAUUAA